AUGGAUCCCCUCAACACGUCGGGACCGACUUCAGGUGCCGCAGAAGCCCAAAAACUUGACAUGAUCCUCGUGACCGGGGUUACUGGGGCUGGCAAAAGCUACUUUAUCAAUCAACUUGCGGGCCGCGAGGUUGUAGAAGAGGGCCGGGAUCUCAAGUCUUGCACACAAAAAUGCCGAAUGAUUCCCUUGAGUGUGGGCGCAUCCAAGUGUCUCCUCAUCGACACACCCGGAUUUGACGACACUCACCGAUCGGACUCGGAGAUACUCGCAGAGAUUGCCCAACUUUUGGCGGUACAAUACAAGAGCGGUAUCAAAUUGAAGGGGAUCAUCUACAUCCAUCGAAUAAGCGACAUCAAGUACACGGGAUCCGCGGUGAACACGUUUGAGAUCUUCCGCCGGCUUUGUGGAGACGAGGCCCUGGGGAACGUGAUGCUCGUCACCAGCCACUGGAACAAGGUGACACGAUCCGAGGGUUCGGAUCGCGAACGUCAGCUGAGGAGCGACUUUUGGUCGUACAUGCUCAUGCGCGGAUCGAAGCUGAGCCGCUUCCACGGCGAUCGCGAUUCGGCGCGUGGGCUGGUCAGCCAGAUACUCAUGAACGACCCGGUGGUCCUCGCGUUGCAGCGUGAGAUUAUCGACCAAGGACUGGACCUGAACAAGACCGAGGCCGGCUCGUAUGUCGGCAAGGGUCUGGGAGAUCGACAAGAUCGGUACCAGUCGGAGCUCAGGACCAUAAAGGGGCGCUUGGCCGAGCCGCAGGUGAGUCCGCAGGAGAAGAGACAGCUUGAACAAGACCGCGACAAGGCAAUCAAUCACCUGGCGGCUCAAGAGAAUCAGGCACAGAUUCUCGGGCAGAAUGUUCAAUCCCAAGUCGCGCAAAAGACGAAAUGGAAGAGAAACCUUUUCGCCAGGACUGUAGCUGCCACUAUCCCUGUUUGUCUCGAGAUCAUGGCUUCACUGAUUGGGUUUGACGGUCUGUUUGAUUUCGAGAGCUGGCUAGGCUUUGACGAGUACUGA